GGUCCCGUUGGUAUGGAGGAAGCAGAGGGGUCUCAGGUUUGGGGUCAUGGGGGGGCUCGGAACUCCCCUGAAACGUCACCUUCUCAGCAGACCCCCAGGAGUCGACCCGUCAGGACGCCAGAGCUACCUCAACGGUGACCACCCCCUACCCCAAACACAUUCUUCCCUUCACAAACCGUCCAUGGCGGACCAAGGCUCGGGGGGCAGCCGCCUCCCCCUGGCGCUGCCCUCAGCCUCCCAGGGCUGCUCAUCGGGGGGCGGCGGCUCCUCGGCGGGGAACUCGGGCCAUCCUCCGCCCCCGCGAAACCUCCAAGGCCUGCUGCAGAUGGCUAUCACGGCGGGCUCUGAGGAGCCAGACCCCCCUCCAGAACCCAUGAGUGAGGAGAGGCGUCAGUGGCUGCAGGAGGCUAUGUCAGCCGCCUUCCGGGGCCAGCGGGAGGAAGUCGAGCAGAUGAAGAGCUGCCUUCGAGUGCUGUCCCAACCUACACCCUCCUUGGCUGCUGAGGCUGAGCUGGCCUCCGACCAGCAGGAACGCGAGGGGGCCCUGGAGCUGCUGGCCGACCUGUGUGAAAACAUGGACAACGCUGCAGACUUCUGCCAGCUGUCGGGCAUGCAUCUGCUGGUGGGCCGGUACCUGGAGGCGGGGCCCGCGGGGCUGCGGUGGCGGGCGGCGCAGCUCAUCGGCACGUGCAGUCAGAACGUGGCGGCCAUCCAGGAGCAGGUGCUGGGCCUGGGCGCCCUGCGCAAGCUGCUGCGGCUGCUUGACCGGGACGCCUGCGACCUGGUGCGCGUGAAGGCCCUCUUCGCCAUCUCCUGCUUGGUCCGGGAGCAGGAGGCUGGGCUGCUGCAGUUCCUUCGCCUGGAUGGCUUCUCGGUCUUGAUGCGGGCCAUGCAGCAGCAGGUGCAAAAGCUCAAGGUCAAGUCGGCGUUCCUGCUGCAGAACCUGCUGGUGGGCCACCCCGAACACAAAGGGACCCUGUGCUCCAUGGGGAUGGUACAGCAGCUGGUGGCCCUGAUCCGGACAGAACACAGCCCCUUCCAUGAGCAUGUGCUUGGAGCCCUGUGCAGCCUGGUGACAGACUUCCCCCAGGGCGUGCGGGAGUGCCGGGAGCCCGAGCUGGGCCUGGAGGAGCUUCUCCGUCACCGCUGCCAGCUGCUGCAGCAGCACGAGGAGUACCAGGAAGCUGUGGGCAGCGAGGAGCAGGGACGACCAGGAGAGGCGGCUGCUCACCCCCAGGAGCCUGGCCUGACUCCAACACCCGGACUUGUGGAAAUACACGCGCGGGGAUUGUGCGGUCCUUGGGGCCCCAACCCGGCCGGGGCCGGGGUGUUCGCUGGGGAGCGUGUCAGCUGCUGCUCGCUGUCUUGGCGCGCCCGUUCCCGGAGCUGCUGGCACGCCAGGCCCCGGGCAGGGCCCGCCUGGUGAGGGAGGCUCAUGCAAACUGACCAACACUCCUUUUUUCUUUCCUUUUUUCCUUCCAAAAAAAUCUUUUGCAACUUUGUUGGGGUGUAGUUGCCAUAUAAUGAGCUCCACUUAUGGGAAGUCUGUCACGCGAGCAGUUUAGACACGUGGACACACCGUGGGAACCUCAUCCUCAUCCCUCCGUUGGUCAGGGGCGGCGCAUGUGGGCGCCAGGCCCCGAGCUGGAUACCAGGGACUUGGAGAGGAGCCGCGGGAUCCAGUCUUGGUCCUCACGGGGCCCGGGGCGGGGGGAGAAACAUAUAGGCAAACACACUGGAGUAGUUAUUUACAAAGACACACCUGGUGUGUGUGUGUACGAGCACGUAUGGCUCACGCGGCAUGGGUAUCUGUGUAAUUUAACAUUCUGUUCUGGACAGGGUGACGGCAGGAAGUUAGGCCUGCAGUGAAGGAAACAGCCUGUGAGGGAGCAAGGAGGCCGGGCAGUGCUGUUUUCCGUGCGGUGCUGCGUUCGCUCCCGACAGCUGCUCUCACACUACAGCAGACCGGGCGGUUUAGCGCGUUUUAGCAGAAACACGUUGUCUUACGGUUCUGGGGAUAGGAGCCUGAUGUCCAGGUGUCAGCAGGGCUGUGCCCCCUCUGAAGGCUCCGGGAGAGAAUCCUUCUUCUUCCAGCUGCUGGUAGCUGUUGGCAUUCCUUGGCCCAUCCCAUACGCCAUGCCAGUCUCUCCACAUGGCUUCUUUCCCAUGUGUCUGUGUCUUGGAACUCUUUCCAGAUACUUAAAUAGAGGUCUGCUUUAACUUUUUUCUUUCUUUCUUUUUUUUUA